UCCAAGCAGCAAGCAGCGGCGGGAUACCGAUCUGCGAUAGAGUGCGUUGGACGGAGACGUCGAUCCGGCUGCAGAUGCCGACCUUGCGCCAGAGCUGCACGGCGGCAACAGGUGUGGAGAUCCCGGCGCGGAGCCAAAAAGUUAAGGACGCCACGGUCUGCGCACUUCCAUACGGAUGCAACUUGUGCUGCAGGCGUGCGAGACAAAGGGUGUCGGUACCUGCUGCUGCUGCUGCGUAAACACAGCGGCAGCGACAGAGGUCGUAAGUGGAAAUUCGAACCGUGCGGAUGGACGCGGGCCGGGCGAUUCUACCCGCUCUUGCGCAGGAGACUCCCUCACGAUGGAGCUCGGGUUCUGCUUCGCUGCUGGUGCUGGUGCGAGCGCGGCGACCGAAGACAGUGUCCUGCCUGUGCCGACGCUCGGGGACGGAGACCCCGAGUUUGCAAUGGCUGAUGCCGCCACCGCCUUUUGGGCCCUAUGGGCAAAAAAGUCUGCCUUUCCUUAGCAGCCGCACCGUUCGGCCGGCGGGUCGUGAGUGUUCCCUGGCUCUUGCACUUGCACCAAGCUGAUUUGGUGGGACCUUGUUGAGGUCUUGCGAUAUGGAGGCGAUUGGAGGAAGGC